CUUCAGAGUGACAGGGAGUGACACUGGAGUUUGCCAUUUGUUAUUUAGAAACACUUCUCAUUUCAGCGGAAUCGACUUUGAAAUUAUCAUCAUAGACGAUGGGAGCCCAGAUGGGACACAGGAAAUUGCUGAGCAGCUGGAGAAAAUAUAUGGAUCGGAUAGAAUACUUCUGAGACCUAGACCAAGGAAGCUGGGGCUGGGCACUGCCUACAUUCACGGGAUGAAACAUGCCACUGGGAAUUUCAUUGUCAUUAUGGAUGCUGACCUCUCCCACCACCCCAAGUUCAUCCCAGAGUUUAUCAGAAAGCAGCAAGAAGGCGAUUUUGAUAUUGUCUCUGGCACGAGAUACAAAGGCAGUGGAGGAGUCUAUGGUUGGGAUUUGAAGAGGAAACUGAUCAGUCGUGGUGCCAACUUCAUAACUCAGGUUUUGCUGCGGCCAGGGGCAUCAGACCUGACAGGGAGCUUCAGGUUGUACAGAAAAGAAGUCUUACAGAAACUGAUGGAAAAAUGUGUGUCCAAAGGCUACGUGUUCCAGAUGGAGAUGAUCGUCCGAGCUAGACAGUUGGGAUACACCAUUGGAGAGGUUCCCAUUUCCUUUGUGGACCGUGUCUAUGGAGAGUCCAAGCUGGGAGGCAAUGAAAUAGUUUCCUUCCUGAAGGGGCUCCUCACCUUGUUUGCUACAACCUGA